AUGCAAACUGUUGAAGAAACUGAACUUUGCUUUCCACAGCUGUUAAACUCAUCCUGCAAAAGGACUAUGCAGCAUCCAUAUGUAUCCCUCAUUAUUCACUUAACAAUAUCCUUUAUCUCAGUACUUACCGUAUUUCUUAACCUGCUGGUGAUCAUUUCUAUCUGCCACUUCAAGAAGCUCCAGAGCCCCACCAACAUCCUCCUGCUCUCUCUGGCCAUCUCAGACUGCAUAGUUGGAUUUCUCAUUUCAUUUCAAAUAGCACAAAUAGAUGACUGUUGGUAUCUUGGGGACAUCAUAUGUGUCUUAUAUGUUAUCUUGGAUUAUGUUAUCACUACUUCCUCCAUAGGAACCAUGGUUCUUAUAUCUGUUGAUCGUUAUGUGGCCAUUUGUUACCCCCUUUACUACCCCACAAAAGUUACUGCAGAACGAGCAAGGGUAUGUGUUUCUCUGUUUUGGAUGUGUUCAAUUCUUUAUAAUUGUGUUCUCUUUAGAGACAACCUGCAACACCCAGGCAGGUAUAAUUCCUGCUCAGGAGAGUGUCUUGUGUUUUUAGAUUAUUUUGGGGGAGUUUUUGACCUUUUGUCAUCCUUUAUUUGUCCUGUCACUGUGAUAAUUAUUCUGUAUGUGAGAGUGUUUAUAGUGGUUGUUUCUCAAGCUCGAGCCAUGAAGUCUCAUGUUGCAUCUGUCUCAAUUCAGGGUUCAGUGAGAGUCACAGCUAAGAAAUCUGAAAUUAAGGCAGCCAUAAUCUUGGGGAUUGUUGUAGUCGUAUUUCUUAUAUGCACUUUACCAUAUUUCUGCAUCACACUAAUAGCUGAAAAUGCUGCAGUCAGUGCAUCAAAUGUGACAGUUAUUUUGUUUUAUGUUAAUUCCACCCUAAACCCUCUGAUGUAUGCUCUAUUUUACCCCUGGUUCAGGAAAUCUGUUAAACUAAUUUUUACACUGCAGAUCCUAAAGCCAGACUCACGUGACAACAUUAUCGUGUGA